CUUGCACACGACCACACGACGACCAACAUGACUCUCCAUCACUGAACCGCCGUCCCCACGACUCUCCCACUCGUUCGUCGCCGAACACAGCCCGCCCCGCCACUGGGCAUCCACGCAUCAACGCCUCUGCCACUGCCACGGCUGCAGAGAUGGAUGUCCAUCCAUCCUCCGAGUAUGGCCAUGGAGGCACUGGCGAUAGAUUCGCUCGUGGUGUCAUCGUCGUCGCCGGCGUGUCUUCCCUAGUCGCUAGCCUGAUCACCUUCGUCGCCGUCUGGUUGCAAACGAAGAACUAUCGCAAGCCCAUGCUGCAGCGAUAUGUGGUGCGAAUAUUGCUCAUGGUUCCCAUAUACGCCAUCUCCUCGUGGGGCAGUCUUAUGUCACUGACAGCAGCGGCCUGGAUCGAGCCACUGCGAGAUAUCUACGAAGCCUUUACCAUCUUCACCUUCCUGCAGUUGUUGAUCAACUUCAUCGGAGGUGAGCGCGCCCUCAUCAUCCUCAUGACUGGCCGCCCGCCCAUCUCUCACCCUUGGCCACUGAGCCAUGUCUUCCCCAAAGUCGACAUCUCUGAUCCCCACACGUUCCUCGCUAUCAAGCGCGGCAUCCUACAAUACACAUGGGUCAAGCCAUUGCUGUCUGUGGCUACCGUUGUUAUGAAAGCCACAGGAGUAUAUCAAGAAGGUUUCAUUGGUGUCACAUCGGGCUACAUGUGGAGCAGUAUUCUCUACAACGUCAGCAUCACCCUCUGCCUUUACGCCCUCGCCCUGUUUUGGAUCUGCAUGACGGAGGACUUGCAGCCGUUCCGACCAAUGCCAAAGUUUCUGUGCAUCAAAGGCAUCAUUUUCGCGUCCUACUGGCAAGGCUUCUUUCUCUCCAUCCUCGUAUGGCUGGGGGCUAUUCCGGACGAUGUCCCUGGUUACAGUCCCGACAACCUUGCCGCGGCCAUUCAGGAUGCACUCAUCUGUUUCGAAAUGCCCCUGUUCUCUUUAGCCCACUGGUAUGCCUUUUCAUGGCACGAUUAUGCUGAUGAGACCAUCUCCGCUGCACGACUUCCCGUCAAAUAUGCCUUGCGAGAUGCCUUUGGCCCUCUUGACCUCAUUCAAGACACCAAAGAAACAUUCCAUGGCAACAAAUACGAAUACCGUAACUUUGACGCCCGCGACAAUGUUCUCGCGCACGAAGAUUCGACUUCUCGUGCUGCACGCAUAAGGGAAGGCAUGAGGUACGAAAGAGGAGGAAAAGGCAAGUAUUGGAUACCAAAACCCGGUCAAUCAGAACAUGAGCCUUUGCUAUCCAAGGUUUCUUCAGGUCGAGCCAGGGCCAUGAGUCCCGGACCACAUCGUGCGCUUGAGGGCGGCGAAUAUGGCGCGGGCGAUGAUGACUUUGGGGGCUCUGCUCUGAAUCCUGAGGAUGAGCGGUUAUUCAAGAGCGCGCGUUCCCUAGAGUUUGGAGAUUGGAAUUACCCUGUUAUCGAGGCUCAUCGGGCGACCCGUGAGGACCAGCUGUACGCAAAUCCCUCCAUCAUCACCGCCUCAACGAAUCGCAACCUUCUACAGCCGACCAAAGACAACAAGCAACGACGAAAGGAUCAGAUCAAGGAAAUCCAAGAGUCUGUAGACAAAGGCAAGCAUCGGAGCGACUCCAGCGACCACGGCGAGUCGUCGCAUUCGAAAUUACACAUUCCUCUGAUUGGCAAGCUGCUACGAACAGAAUCAUCAUCGUCUUCCAGUUCAGACAAGUCUGAUGCGAGUCAGCUGGUGGACUUAGUCGUCGAGGAUCACCAAGCAGAAGUUGUAGAACGGGUCAGGGCGCGCAAGGAGGGUGGUUCUGGCUGGAAUGAGGUUCCAUCGAAACACUUUGUUCAUACCUACCCAGAAGAGGGCGAAGCCGAAGAUGUCCGCGAAGGUUUCAAUCCCGAUGUCCCAGAUGAUAAUGUCCCUGAGGCUGCACACAAUCUAGACUACCCCUUCGUUGUCGACGAAGAGGAGAACGCAGAAGAGAAGAAGAAAGACCUCAAGCCGGCCAUGUCUGCAGAAGCUAACAAGUGGGAAUCGCGCGAUUAUAGCGAGGAUGAAAGUCCAGCCAAGGAAGAUCGUCCCAGCCCUUCUUACGGUAGUUUCAGGGAUGAGCGGAAUGUGUGGAACAAUAAUGACGAGUGAUUGUUUGCGCGAAACAGGCAGGAGUUUGGAGCGGGUUGUCGGAGUUUGUCAUCAAUUUGCUCUAGUAUGGGCCAGGUCGAGAACGUUACAGAGUGUGCGCAUUUGUUAUAUACCCUAUUCUUGGUACUCAUUCGUGUUUUAACAUAUGUCAGCGUCGUGAGAAGCUUUGUGAUGGCAUGAGUAAUGCCCAAGUCGGAUACUGGACAGUAUGCGAGGCACUGUGCAAGAGGCAGGCAUUUGCAUGACGGAUGGUGUGGAUUUGGAAGACGCCUCGACCGUCUGCGUUGGCAUUGAUGAGGCGUUGUUGGGAACCAGAGGUUCACAGACUUUUGACGUUGGGUGAAGUUGUGGUUGGACGGUGG